AUGUCAGCUAGCCGUGGUGGUCGUGGCGGUGCAGUUCGCUCUGAUAGAACUCUCAAUAUCCUUGGAAAGAAAGCAAACAUGGCUUCCGAGCUUCGUCUUUCUAGUGAUUUAGAUAAUUUUAAAGAAAAUGUCUGCAGAGGCAAAAACGAUCCAGUUUUCGUUCUUGUCAACAAGAAUGACAUCAUGAAUUUUGUUGUUCGUAUUAAACCAUCAGAUGGAUACUGGGCAGGCUACAACUUCGAUUUCUUGUUCGCCACCCCAGAUAAUUUCCCAUAUAUCCCUCCAAAGGUUCUCUGCCUUACAAAGAUUUGGCAUCCAAACAUUGAUGAGGACGGCAACGUUUGCCUUUCCACUCUCCGUGGCGAAACAUACCUUGCAUCUACAUCAAUUCAUGCCCAUUACGUCGCUCUUGGCUUCUUGUUAAAGAAUCCAAACCCAUCUGACCCACUUGAUGCCAAUAUUGCUGAUGAAAUGCUUGAUGAGUCUACAAAGGAUAAUUUCCCAAUUCAUGUUAAAGAAUAUUGCGAAAAGUACUGUCCAAAGGAUAGCGAUCCAUAUACCAUGCCUUCUAAGGAAGUUUUGGAAGCUGCCCGUAACUUCUCUGAAAAAUAA